CUCUCUCUCUCUCUCUCUCCUAAAAGUCUCUCGAAAGCCACAUCGAUCGUGCCCUUAAACCAAAUUAAGGAAUUUGGCCGCUCCGCUAGCUGCUUGCUUUUCCUGCAUUUGGUUGUCUUCUUUUCUUUGCCGCAAACAGAAUUCUUUCCAACAAUAAAGGGCAACAAAGAAUGAUGACUGGAAAUGGACAACUUGCCGUUCCUCCAGGUUUCCGAUUCCAUCCAACCGAUGAGGAGCUUCUGUACUAUUAUCUGAAGAAGAAAGUCUCCUAUGAGGCUAUUGAUCUUGAUGUUAUCAGAGAGCUGGAUCUCAACAAACUUGAGCCUUGGGACCUCAAAGACAAAUGUAGAAUCGGGUCUGGUCCUCAAAAUGAAUGGUAUUUCUUUAGCCACAAGGACAAGAAAUAUCCAACAGGAACUCGAACAAAUCGGGCAACCACAGCUGGUUUUUGGAAAGCAACGGGAAGAGACAAGGCCAUCCAUCUCAACAACUCUAAGAGGAUUGGCAUGAGGAAAACCCUAGUCUUCUACACAGGACGUGCUCCUCAUGGCCAAAAGACUGAUUGGAUCAUGCAUGAAUAUCGCCUGGAUGAUGACAACUCCGAGGUUCAGCAGGAAGAUGGAUGGGUCGUCUGUAGGGUUUUCAAGAAGAAGAAUCAAAGUAGAGGUUACUUACCAGAUGCUGCUCAAGAAGAUCACUUCUCUCACAUGAAGGCUAGCUCUUCUUCUUUAUCAAUGGAGCACAAACAGAAUCACAUGCAAGCAUUAUACGACUAUAGUUUCGAUGGUUCCAUGCAUCUUCCGCAGUUGUUUAGUCCAGAAUCAGCUGUUGCCUCAUCCUUUGUUUCACCUAUUCCUUUGAACAACGUGGAUAUUGAGUGCUCUCAGAACUUGUUGAGGCUAACAUCAAGUGGUUGCGGACUUGUGCAACCGGAGAGGUUCAAUGGUGAUUGGUCAUUUCUAGAUAAGCUUCUUGCGUCUCAUCAAAGCCUUGAUCAGCACUCCCAAACCAAGGGCAAUCCUUCGUCUCACCUUUUUGAUCAUGUGGGUGCUUCAAGUCAUCAAAAGUUCCCAUUUCCAUACCUUGACUGUGAAACUGACAUUAUGAAAUUUUCCAAGUAGAUGUGGCAACCCUCCAACACUGCAUCUUUUAUAUCUUAAGCUUUCCUAAGCUGUGGAGCAGACAUUUUUAUUCGAUAUAUAGUAAGGACUACUUGGUUAAAUUCUA